AUCCGUAUAUUUCUUGAUUGGUGGCAAUUUGUUAAUAUUUGUUUUAAUUUUUAAACCGAAUUAGAUAACAGAUAAGGAUGCAGAAUAAUAGGGAAUUAUUAAUUAAACAACAAAGGCGAUUAACACGAUUAAUCGAGUCGUUCCGACUGCGUUAACGCAAGUUUUAUUUAGAGCAUUAACUUGAUAACAUUAAUAAACACUCCGAAGGUCAAAAUGUUGGAUUACGUUUCUAGUAAUUACGUGUUUAUCGGUAGAAGCGGAAAAUAGUGGGAAUAUUUUCUCCGAGAGAACAAAUCUGAAAGUGGUGAAAUGGGGCCCCUGGUAGGUGCGAUCGACGAGGGCACUUCGAGUGCGAGGUUUAUUUUAUUUGAGGCAGGAACUAUUAACGUGGUAGCUUCGCACCAGCAGGAACUGUCACAGAUUUACCCCCAGGAAGGAUGGGUAGAACAAGACCCAAUGGAGAUACUGAAAGUUGUCAACAUCUGUAUUGAGAGUGCCAUCGACAAACUUAUAGCGUCAGGGGGUAGUGUGAACGAUAUUGUGGCAGUAGGUGUUACGAACCAGAGGGAAUCCACGAUAGUUUGGGACAAAACGACUGGGGAACCUUUAUACAACUCUAUCGUGUGGCUGGAUGUGAGGACCUCUUCGACUGUCGAUCAGCUCCUCGACGGGGUCCCAAACAAAUCUAGAAAUAAAAAUUACUUGAAGCCUCUGUGCGGUUUGCCUUUAUCACCAUAUUUCAGUGCUGUUAAACUGAAAUGGCUUCAAGAGAACAUCCCCAAAGUCAAAAAAACUAUGGCAGCAGGAAAUUGCUUAUUUGGAACUGUCGAUUCCUGGUUAAUAUGGAAUUUGACUGGUGGGAAAAACGGUGGCAUCCAUAUCACCGAUGUGUCGAAUGCUUCGAGAACUAUGCUGAUGAAUAUUGAAACCUUGAAGUGGGACCCCGUAUUAAUAAAUUUCUUUGGUGUUCCGAGUUCCGUUUUACCGACUAUUAAAUCAAGCUCGGAAGUGUAUGGAUGUAUUGCUGAAGGCUCACUGAGAGGCGUCCCGCUAGCUGGGUGUCUUGGUGAUCAACAAUCCGCCUUAGUCGGUCAGCAGUGUCUUAAUAGAGGACAGGCGAAAGCUACCUAUGGAACGGGUUGUUUCCUUCUCUACAAUACCGGCAACAUAAAAGUUCACAGCACGAAAGGUCUUAUCACCACAGUUGCAUAUAAGCUUGGCCCCAAAGUUCCUGCCGUGUACGCCUUAGAGGGAUCCGUUGCUAUUGCCGGGGCUGCGUUGAACUGGUUGAGGGACAAUCUAACAGUCUUACCGAGUUUCGGGGAGGCGCAGGAAAUUUCUGAAAAAGCCACACGAAUCGAGGGCGGGGAAGUAUACUUUGUACCGGCAUUUAGUGGCCUCUACGCGCCUUACUGGCAACAAGAAGCUAGGGGGGUAAUUGUGGGCAUUUCGGUGGACACCGAGGCUUGCCAUAUCGUUAGAGCCACCCUAGAAGCCGUUUGUUUCCAAGUUAGGGAUAUUUUGGAGGCGAUGAAUAAAGAUUAUGGAUCACAUUUAACGAAUUUACAGGUAGACGGUGGAAUGACGGCGAACUCUUUACUGAUGCAACUCCAGGCAGACUUGGCAGGCGUCACGGUAAUAAGACCGAUGAUGGCCGAGAGUACGGCAUUAGGGGCGGCGAUGGUAGCGGGGGCCGCGGUCGGUCACUGGGAUUUGGACAGCCCGUCGCUGGAUAUACCGGCGAUAAGGUGGUCCCCAAAAAUAAGCGACGACGAAAGAGAUGUUGCUUAUUCCAAGUGGAAGAUGGCGGUGGAGCGGUCUAUGGGCUGGGUCAUAUAAUUGCUGUUGGUUUAUCUAAAAAAAUUGUGUAGGAUCCUUUAACACGUUCAUAUAUUUUGUUGUUCAGAGUAAAAUAUUAUCAAGGCCUAAUUGGUAAAAGUUUAGUACAAUCAAAAUAGGUUCAGUCUUGUAAGUGGUUCAAAAAAAUACUUGGUAUAUUUAAUAAGCUUUUUGCGUUAUAAAUUGAUAACAUUUUUUAUUACAUGUGUACGUAUUUUCCAACAAUUCAGAUUUUAUAUUGGUGCUUCUGGCUGGAGACAAAGACAAUGAUUUUAUGAUGUUUGCAGGCGAUCGAUGCCCUCAGAUCUAACAAAUUACACAUUUAUCAUUAUUAUUGCUUAUAACGUUUAUUACUUUUAUUAUCUUAUUAUAACAGUUUACACGUAUUGUCUCUUUUGGAGGUACUCGUCAUUAGAUCUGACGGCGCCGACCAACGUCCCUGGACGAGGGUUAUGUCAACAGUUAGACGGACGCUCUUGUCCUGCAUAAAGAUCUAUACUGACAUCGCUUGCACGCGGCACUGGUAAUUAUUGCAGGAUUAUAUACUUAUUUGCUGCGAUAGGCCAUAUAUUUUUAUCAUGUAAUAGAAAUUUUAUUAAACUGCUAAGCAUUUAUUUUUAAUCUUUAUGAGUUAUAUCAGAGUUUAAUUGUCUGUAAUAACAAAUGUAGUAAAAUACUAUACGUAUAUUAAUGAGAAUAAAAGUAUGUUUUUUUUUUU